AUGGCGUCAACACCAAAGCGUGCAUCGCCAACUCAGUCUCAACCCCCAAUUGCAGUCUCAGCCCCAGAUCCGUCUGCUCUUGAUGCUGUCGUCAACGAGACUCGCAAUCGCAUCAACCGGCCGUCCUUUCUGCGCAGCAUCUUCAUCAUCCGCCUCAUCAACGCCUGGUGGAUCACCACCUUUUUUCAGCCUGAUGAGUACUUUCAAGCAUUAGAGCCCGCCUGGAACUUGGCCUUCGGUCCCCAGAGUGGCGCAUGGUUGACUUGGGAAUGGAAAUAUCAACUCAGAUCUUCUCUUCACCCAGCCCUCUUCUCCGGCGCCUAUCUCGUCGCCGACGCUCUCUCCUCCCUCCUCCCAACAGGCAGCAUCCUCCGUGCCUCCAUCAUCAUAGCCGCUCCUCUCACCGUGCAGACCGUCAUCGCCGCUCUUAGUGACUGGUUCACAUGGCAACUUGCCGUUUCCAUCUACGGACCCAACAGCAAUGUAUCCUUUUUUGCGCUGUUCCUCACCCUAUUCAAUCCUUGGCAAUGGUACUGCUCUACACGAACUUUUUCCAACUCGCUCGAGAUGACUCUCAACGUCAUGGCUCUCUACUUCUGGCCCUGGGAGCUCCUCGGCGCCGCCGAAACCACAAAGGAGAACCCCAAGCCACGGCCCGUCCUACUCAGCCUCUGGUCCCUACGAGCAUCGCUGUGUCUCGCUGCCCUCGCCGUUGUCCUUCGCCCGACCAACGUCUUCAUCUGGGUCACCGUUGUUUUCGUUGCCUUCACCCGCAUCUCCCUUCAAGGCCCUUCGCCUCUCACCUUCUCGACCGUCCUUGUCCUGGUCCGUGAGGCUAUCCUGUGCGGCUCGCUCAUCCUGGCCCUCUCCAUGGCCUCGGACCGCUUGUACUUUGGUUUCUGGACCUUCCCCCCCUACAACUGGCUCAACUUCAACCUCUCCAAGUCACUGGCCGUAUUCUAUGGCCGAAAUCCGUGGCAUUACUACCUCCUCCAGGGCCUGCCUCUCAUCUGCACCACCAACCUGCCCUUUGCCGUCAUGGCCCUCUACCGGCCGUCCGGCUCCUCGGACAUUCAGGCCAACGUUCGCAAGACUCUCGCAUAUACCGUCUUGACCACUAUCUUCGCCCUCUCCCUUGUCUCCCACAAAGAGGUCCGCUUCAUCUACACGCUCCUCCCAGCCCUUAAUGUCCUCGCGGCGCCCGUUGCCGCCUCCUUCUUCUCCUCGCAACCCACUCCCACGACGAGAAACCCCCGUCCUCGCCCGACCUUCCGCAAUACUCCCUACCUCCUCGCCGCCCUCGGUGUCAACCUCCUCCUUGCAGGUUACCUCACAUUCUUGCACCAGCCCGCGCCGCUUUCCGUCCUCAGCUACCUCCGCCACCAGUACGAGCGCAUCCACCCCGCCUCGGUCAACCUUGCCCAUACCUCCCACUUCUCCACGGCUUCCCCUGAUGACGACGAUCUCUUUGCCCUCUUUCUCAUGCCCUGCCACACCACUCCCUGGCGUUCUCAUCUCGUCUACCCUGGCCUGCGCGCCUACGCCCUCACCUGCGAGCCCCCCUUGCACACCCAGCCCAACACCCCCGAGCGUGACAACUAUCGCGACGAGGCCGACCGGUUCUACGAUAACCCCGUCGCGUUCCUCAGCCACGAGCUGUUUGCUCCUGCAGAACCCAUUCCUAUACCACGAUACAUUGUCGGUUUUGAGGGCAUUGAGCCCUGGCUAGAUGACUUCCUCAACACCGCCGAGGGUCAGGCCGUCGGCAUCAAGAGUCUGCGCCGUGUCUGGGGUGGAUUUAACGGCUUAUUUAACGAUGACUGGCGACGGUCAGGCAAGAUGGUCGUUUGGGAGACAGGUGUGUACGAUGAUGCUGUGACGAACAAGGAGGAUUGA